AUGUCAAAAUUCCUGAUUUGUCUAAUUUUCCUGGCUGUAGCUCACGGAGAAAAUCCGGAAAAUGCUCAACAUUCGGCUUGGCUUUUGGCUAGCAAUUAUUUCAACGCGAUAAAUCAGAAAAAUUACGAACUUCUAAAGAGUAUCUUGCACUUCCCUGUCAAUGGUUUCCUUUCUCAAAAAUGCUCGGAAUUUGGUGCGGGCGUCAAAAAUACAUCGAUAACUUUUGAUGAUUUGAAAUCGGUAAUCGAAAAUAUGACCGAGACGGGUGUCGAGAUGAAUGAGCAUUACGUUCAAGGUGCCACGUGGAUUUCCGACGAAAUUUUGCAGUGGACUUUGAAUUAUGAGCCUAAUAAUACAUAUUUCAGCCAGUUUCAGGCGAAAAAAAUUGACGGAAAAUUGAAAAUUUUUCACGAGGGUGUGAUUUGUCAAUAA